CGAAUCCUCUCGCGCUUUCUGCUCUGAGAUUUGCCUUUCAUCCUCCCUCUGCGAGCUCAGCUUCUUGGAUUCCCUGGGAUUUGUGCUAUUUCCUGCGCUUUCCCUUUAUUGGGAUGGAAACCUACGCGGCGUCGAUCGAUUGCCUUUCAUGCGGCGAGUUUAUUUAUCUCCAGUUCUUGGCGUGUGUGUGUGUGUGGUUGAAUCGAGUUCUUGGGGGUUGUGAACUUGUAAUCCAUCUGUCCAAGAAACGUUGACGAGAACGAGACUGUGUGCUGCAGUAGCUAGCGGUGGAAGUGGUGUGUUGUGAUGGAGUCGCAGCAGGGGAAGGCGGUUUCUGCGCCGGCGGCGAACGGGAGCGGCGGGGAGCUGAUCGGGUACGUCGACGUGCUCGUGCAGAGCGCGCGGGACAUCCAGAACAUCUGCAUCUACCACAAGCAGGACGUGUACGCGCGGCUGUCGCUGCCGGGGGAGGGAGCGCCGGCGGCGUCGACGCAGGUCAUCAACGGCGGGGGCCGUAACCCGGUGUUCGACCAGUCGCUGCGCCUGGGCGUGCGCGCCGGGGACGUCGACGGCGCGCUCCGGUGCGAGGUGUGGAUGCUGAGCCGGGUGAAGAACUACCUGCAGGACCAGCUGCUGGGGUUCGCGCUCGUGCCGCUCCCGGACGUCGUCGCCGCCGAGGGCGGCACGCUCUCCCGCGAGUUCCCGCUCUCCACCAACGACAUCUUCCACUCCCACGCUGGGUUCCUGCAGCUCGAGCUCUCCUACAUCGGGGUCGUGCCUGAGGUCGUGCCCAUCUCGCCGACGCCCAAGCCGGCCCUGGCCGACACGGAGGAGCCCGAGGUCGCCGGAGCCGGCGCCGGCGACGCGAACGGCAAGGAGUACGAAAAGAUCGAAUUCCCUGAUCUGAAUCUCGUGGAGGAGAACCAGAUUAUGUUGUCGGAGUACAUCGGAUUGCCGUGCUCCGCGGUGGAGCCGCAGAGCUCCGGGAGCCUCCUCACCUCAGAGGACGGCGACGGCGCCACCGCAGAGACCCACGUCGCCGGCGUGCGCGUCGUGGAGAGCUUCUCGACGGACAACAGCACCGCCGACUCGGUCGGCACCUUCCGGACCGACACGCCGGUCAGCAGCGUGUCCACCACGGACUCCCCAGCCGCCGUGGCUGUACCGGCCACCCCGCAGUCCAACUCAGAGCCGUCGUCGGGCAAUGCCAUGUCGUCGGCGGAGCAGAAGGAGAAGGCCGCCGACGCGGAGGUGGAGUCCUCCCGCACCGUGCAGAGCAGCCCGGCGGUCAACUCCCCCGGCGCCAUGUCGGAGAGCGCGGUGGACAAGCCGCCGGUGAUCAGCGUCAACAUCGAGCAGGAGGUGAAGGUUGACCAGAAGGAGAUCAUGGACAUGUACAUGAAGAGCAUGCAGCAGUUCACGGAGUCCCUCGCCAAGAUGAAACUCCCGCUCGACCUGGACAACGGCAACGGCAGCAGCAGCAACAAGAGCUCAACCGGCGCCGGCGCUGGCUCCGCCGCGUCGGACGGCGCCGACUCGAGCGCGGCGGCGAAGAAGCCGACGGCCGGAGGGCCGGAGAAAUCUCCCAAGGUGUUCUACGGAAGCCGGGCUUUCUUCUGAUUGAAAGCCGAAACGAAGCAAAGCAAAGAGAUGGGGGCAUUUGCAGCCGUCGGAUCUCAGCUGAAACUUACUAGUGCAGAGGAAUAACACUUUCUCGUGCUGUUGUUGUUGUUCUAGGCUUGUCAGAUCGCAAGACGAGCAAACUAGCUGCUCUGUUUUAAUAUAUCAGUACUCUAAUGAAGAAAUGGUUUGGUUUCUUUGUUUCAA